AUGUCGGAGCGCAAGGUGAUCAACCGGUACUACCCCCCGGACUAUGACCCAGUCAAGGGCAACCGUACCAAGCACGGAUCCGGCCACAAGAAGACAGUGCGCCUUAUGGCGCCGUACUCGAUGCGCUGCAACUCGUGCGGAGAGUUUAUUUACAAAGGAAAAAAGUUUAAUGCACGCAAGGAAAUCGUGCAGGGCGAGGACUACUACGGGAUUCCCAUCUACCGUUUCUACAUCAAGUGCACGCGGUGCAGCGCCGAGAUCAUCUUUCGGACGGACCCUAAAAAUACCGAUUAUGCCGCCGAAGACGGUGCGACACGCAACUUUGAGCCGUGGCGCGAGAACGACGGGCCGCGCAAGGAGGAAAACCGCAUCACGGUAAUUGACUCGGACGAAGAGGAGGAAGAGGAGGUCGAUCCGAUGAAGGCGCUCGAGCAACGCACGAUCGAGUCGCAGCGCGAGAUGGAGAUUAUGGAUGCACUCCAAGAUAUCCGCACACGCAACGCACGGCACGAACGUGUAGACGCAGAUACCGUGCUCCAGAGCGUCUCGCUGGGCAAGCGCAAGGUGCCGGAAGCGGCGCACGACACUACGGAGCGGUCGCAGGAGGAGGAAGAAGACGAGGCACUGGUCAAAAAGUACUUUGGCAAGCGCCACGACGCGCGGAACGGCAGCGCGGGCGAGACAAACGGCACAGAGGAGGCCAAGCCAAACGGCACCCAGUUUGUCAAGCCAAACGACCCAGAGGACGCCGCACCGAACGGCUCCGACGCAAAGCCAACGCCGACCAAAAAGCAAAAAGCGCCCGAAGCGGCCGAAGAAGUCGUCGAGUCCGUGCCGGAUGCAACGAGUCUGCUUAGCGACGCGACACGCGCGCAUCUCCAGUCGCUUGCCAAGCCUGCCAAUACCAUGCCUAAGCCGGUCGCCAAGAAGCGCCGGGGGCCCAACGCGCUGGGGCUGGUGCGUAAAUAG